UAUGUAUUGCUAUUGCUAUGCAGUGCACCACUUAUGAUACAUCGUUGAUUGAUUUGUGUAUGUACGUACGGGAGGCUCAGUGCCACAUGUAUAUUUGUGGGGUGUUGAGCAAAUGAAUUUUAAUUAGCUGCUUCUAGAUUUAGAGAGCUUGAGAAACAACUAGUAGAGUCUGAAUCACAGUUUAUUGUAAGUACAAUCGACCGAAAUCGCAAGCAUGCAGAACCUUAAAAGUUUCUUCCAGUCGGCAGCAACUGUGCUCGCUCCUCCGAUCGAGAAUGACUAUGAUGAGUUCUACCAAGCGUGGUGUGCGAUAAAAGAUUACUAUGGUGAAACUAAAAUGGACAAGAUUGCGGUGCAGAAUUCUAUGAUUCCCGAUCAGCUCGCCAUCUUGAUCGAGAAGCUGCGACAUGAACGGCACCAAGCAGGCAUGUUCGACAGCGACGAUGACCAGUACGACGACGAAGGCUACGACGAAUCAGCAGAGUCCACGGACAAGACACGCAGAACAUCCAGCGCCCAAGCAUCCAUGCGGGUGGGUGUAGCUGCAAACACAGCUGAAGUGAGCAACUCAAGGCUGCCCCCGUCUGGGCCUAUUGAUGGUAUUAAAGGGCUGGGUGGCGGUGUGAGUGCGCAUAGAGGGGAUGCGACCCCUUGCUUGGAGUAUAUGCUGAACCAUGUAUUCUCCACACUCUGUGUGUUGGGCCAGGGAGAUACGCCUGUGGGCAUGAAGGAAGAGGUCCUGCAGUUUCUGACCACGUUUCUUAAGGACAAUGCGUUUGGCAUACACGCCGACAUACGCGCACGUCGAAUGAGUGCCCACGGUAACCCGGCCGACGAAUCUCCGGUGGUGCGGCAAAGCGAUCUGAUGAAUACCAACGUGGUGCUGACCCAUGCGAAGGUGCCCGGUCCGCUGAUGGAUCUGAUCAAGUCCUGUCACAAGCCAAAGAUGAGCCUGUAUGAGGAAGAUGUGGCGAACAUCCUAUCAGUCCUCGCACACCUGUUGCGAGACAACCCUACCUGUGUGCCGUACUUUAUUGACCGGAUCACGGAGGAGAAUAAAAGCCAUGUGGAGAGUUUAGGGUAUGGAGAUGGCGAAUCAGAGUUUUUCAUCCUCGAUGCACUGACAGAUCUGCUAAGUAGCGAGGACAUACAGGUGGUCAACAGAGCUUGCGAGUCCAUUCUCGCUCUGGUGGCCUGUGAUUCGCCCGAGAUUUCAAAGUAUAUCACCAGUAGUAAGCGGCUGACAAUACUCCUGAUGGACCACCUAUCUUCGGCGUUCAAUGCACUCCCUGCGGUACGGGGGGCAUCCGAGCAGGAUCGUAAGCGGCUAAUCAGGAGUUUAGACGGAUUCAAAGCGUGGGCGACAUACGUAGACAGAGUAUUCUGCAAAAGUGUUGGUCUCGAUGACCACCUAUCUGAGUUUCUACACUCAAAUUUCUUCGUUCCUUGCCUGGAGAAGAAGCUAAGGGAAACACCCGCCGUCUCACAGUUCAAAUCGAUCGACACGACUCGUCAACUUUCGAAUCUCACCCCUUCCCAGGACGUGGUGGAGUUCUACGAGGGCGAUUUCCUGCGCAUGUUAUUGCAGAAAAUGCAGCGCAUGCUAGAUGAGCCGUACGGCGAGAUGCUUAGGGUCUCUGCAUUGCUCAGUCACUUGGCCACUUUCCCCAACGAGCAGCUGCGAACGUUCCUACUGAGUCCCAAGUGCGAGGUGCCGCCGUCGGUGCUCACACUAUACCACUCGCUGGAGAUUGCGACCAUCCUACUAGACGAGUUUGUGAAGGAGAUCGGCUCCUGCUGUAUGGUCAGCAAUGAGUCCUCUGUGUAG